UAUAUAUAUUUUUUUUCUGAAGAAGAAGUUUCCUGUCUCUCUCUGGUUUGUUCCUCGUUAUAAAAUCCCCUCCUAACCUGCUCAUUUUUCACAACACUCACCCUCACCACACUCAUUCUCUCUCUCUCUCUCUCUCUCUCUUCCUCCACAAUACUACUCUAGAAAAUUCAAGAAAAAAAAAAUCCACAAAAAAAUUACUCAAAAAUCAUAAACAAAGAUUAAAAUGGCAAUCAAAAAAUCAGCAAAAUUGCCACAAACAGCAGUAUUGAAGCAAAUACUAAAGAGAUGUUCAAGCUUAGGCAAAAAACAAGGUUACCAACAAGAAAAUGAGUACCCAGAAGAUGUACCAAAAGGUCAUUUCGCAGUUUACGUUGGAAUCAACAGAACAAGAUACAUUGUUCCAAUUUCAUUGUUAAGCAGGCCAGAAUUUCAGAGCUUACUUCAUCAAUCUGAAGAAGAAUUUGGGUUUUGUCAUGAGAUGGGUCUUACAAUCCCUUGUGAUGAGCACGCUUUCGAGUCUCUCACUUCGAUGCUGUUGCGUUAAUUAUUGUUACUAUCUCCAUCGGCCACAUUUUAGGACUACUAAAUAAUUAACGGUUUUUGGUUCGUUUUUUCGGAGAUUUAAGGAGGGAGGUAAUUAUUAUUAUUAUUAUUAUUAUUAUUAUUAUUAUUAUUAUUAUUAUUAUUAUUAUUAUUAUUAUUAUUAUUAUUAUUAUUCUGACUGAUUAUGAUGAAGAGUUUAGGAACCCAUUUGGAGAUUAUUUUUGGUUUUUCAUGGGUUUUAAUUUAGAGGGAUAAUUUGUAUAUUUAGAUGGGAAAUUGUUAUGGGGGCAAAUUUUAAUUAGUUUUUGUACAAUUUCUUUCUCACGGUGGCUGGCGCUUGUUGUAUGUUGCCCUGUGAGAGGAUUUAUCAAGGAAAGUUAUGUUAAUCACAUUAAUUAGUUAUUAUGAUUAGUACUUGAUUAUUAAUCUCUUGUUCUUUGUUCUUUAGCUUAAUCUCUUUUGCCUUUUGCAUAUUCUUUCAUCAAUCAUUAAUUAUUUUAUUAGGUUGUUAUUUUUUGGAAUACAUGUCAAAUUCUCCUGAUUAUUCUAAAAUUUGUUAUAUACAUUCGGGUGUACCGUAUAACCAACUAACUUUAGGUUAGUUUUAACUCUUCAUUUAAUGGUAAAAUGAAUAACAAUCAUUUCCUUCCUUAAAAAAAA